AUGGACAAAAUGGAUGAAACAACACGACAGCAAUGUAUCACAGUAACAAAAGAAUUGAUCAACCACCCACUUGCAUCAUAUCUUGCAGAAAAAACAUCAACAAUUAAAGAAGAUUUAUUGAGAUUUGAAGAUGAAAUUACAAUAGGAGGCAUUUUAGUAAAACUCAAUGAAAAUAAAUACAGUAGCAUCAACGAGUGGAAAGAUGAAAUGAACAGAUUUUGGGAAGAAUGUUUGCAUGAAUAUCAGAAAGGAAGCCAAUGCUACGCAGCUGUUUGCGUUUUAAGUGAUAAAUUCCAGAAUAAACUUGGAACGAUGAAAUUCACUCCCGAAGAACGUUGGAUUCAAAAAGUUAAAGCAAACGUAAAGAUAUUACUUCAAUUAAUAUCGUCGGCAAACUCAUAA